AUUCGUUACUUUUUUUUCGUCUUAAAUCAUUACUGGCGCCUGAGACUUCAUAACAUUUUUAUUAAUCAGACAUAAAAUUAUAAAUAAAAUAAUUUAAUGAGUAAUUUUAAAAUAAUUUAAUUUAUUAUUAAGUGUAAUAAAUUUUAAUAUGUCUUUAUCAUUGAAACUUUUAUUUUUAAUGUCAUUCUUCCUUGCCCAGUGGAUCGAAUGUAAGAGAGAAGAGUAUGUAACAUGUGGAACAGUUGCCAAACUCUACAACACUGAUCUUAAAGUAAGACUACAUUCCCAUGAUGUUAAAUAUGGUGCUGGUAGUGGUCAGCAAUCUGUAACAGGAACAGAAUUAUCUGAGGAUAUAAACUCACAUUGGGAAAUCAAAGGACCUACCAAUAAGAUUUGUAAAAGGGGAGAACCUAUUAGAUGUGGAAAUAUGAUACGACUAACUCAUUUGACGACAAAAAAAAAUCUUCAUUCACAUUUAUUUAGUUCUCCUCUAUCAGGUAACCAAGAAGUAUCUGCAUACGGUAAUCAAGGAGAAGGUGAUUCAGGAGAUCAUUGGUUUGUUGAUUGCAGUGGAGAUUUUUGGGAAAGGGAUGAUGAUGUUCAGUUAAGACAUGUAGAUACUGGAGCAUUUUUAAUGGCUUCAAGUUUAUCUUAUGGCCGACCUAUUAGUGGUCAAAAGGAAAUUGCUGCUGUUAAAAACCCUGGUCCUUUCUCAACACAUUGGCGAGUGAAAGAAGGAAUUUUUAUUCACACUGAUGAAUCUAAUGAAUUUCAUUCUGAUUAUCAUACAGAAUUAUAAGGAUUUUUAUUGAAAAAUCAUUAGAUUAAUUGUUUAAUUGCUAUUUAUUGCUGUGUAAUAUGGAUAUAUGUAAAAUAAUAAAAACAUAGUUUUUUUUCAUUA